AUGGAGGAAACUUCAUACUCAGAGUUUCUGAAACUUCACAGAAGGCAGAGGCACUGCUGCAGGAGAGGGAUACAGCUGUUGCUGCUGGGGCUGGUGGUCACAGUUCUAUGCGCUGGGCUGCUGGCUCUGAUUCUCCUGUGGCAUUGGGAAACUGCACGAAAUCUGAAACAGCUGGAGGAGGCCACUGCCCAGAAGGUCUCUCAGGUGUCCAAGGACUUGGAAAGACACAAGGGCGACCAGAUGGCCCAGAAAUCCCAGGCUGCCCAGAUGCUGCAGGACAUGGAGAGAAUCCAAGCUGAACAGAAGAGAAUGGAAUCUCAGGAAUCUGAGCUCUCCCGGAACCUGGAUGGUCUUCGAGCUGACCUGAGCAACUUGAAGUCCCACAGCUUGAAUGAGAGGCGCGAGGCCUUGGAUUCACUGGGGAGACUCCAGGAAGAGGUGGGGAAGUUGUGGAUGGAGAUACGCGAGUCCGUCGGCUCUGUGUGCAACAUCUGCCCCGAGGAGUGGAUCUAUUUCCAAAAGAAGUGCUACUACUUCGGUAACGGCACCAAGAAAUGGAUCCAGGCCCGGAACGCCUGCAGCAAACUGCACGGGCGGCUGGUCAGCGUCCGCAGCCAGGAGGAGCAGGACUUCCUGACCAAACACUCCAACAAGAGGGGCUCCUGGAUUGGCCUUCGGGACCUGGACAUCGAGGGGGAGUUCAUCUGGAUGGACAGUAGCCCCCUGGGCUACAGCAACUGGCAGCCGGGGGAGCCCAACGACGCGGGCCAGGGCGAGAACUGCGUGAUGAUGCAGGGCUCGGGGCAGUGGAAUGACGUUUUCUGCGGCAGCUACCUGAACAGCUGGGUGUGUGACCGGCUGGCCACGUGCUGA